CGUUUGGGUUUUCUUUUCCACAGUUCCAGUUUCUGUAUUCGAUUUUGGUGAAAUCAAUGCGUAGAAAGUGAAUUGCAAUCGCUUUGACAUUACGCAAAAGCCACGCGAAAAGUGAAAAUCCCCGCACAAACUGGACUUUGCCGAAAACAGGUGAAUACUAGCAUUUGCUUAGCGUGCUUUAAUUGCCUGCUAAAUAAUCAACGGGCCGACCGAAUCGAACCGAACACAAAGCGGAUCGUGCGGCCGCCGAUGCGUCUGUUAAUCCAAACGGCAACGGCAACGGGCGGAGCUGCUGCAGCUGCUCUACAGUCCCACUCGCAGUCCCAGUACAAUUACAGUAGCAUGCGUGAGGACGAUAUCGAGCUGGCCAUUAAGGUGGUGAUCGUCGGCAAUGGAGGCGUCGGCAAAUCCUCAAUGAUCCAGCGCUAUUGCAAGGGCAUCUUCACCAAGGACUACAAGAAAACGAUUGGAGUUGAUUUUCUGGAGCGCCAGAUCGAGAUCGAUGGCGAGGAUGUGCGCAUCAUGCUGUGGGACACGGCCGGCCAGGAGGAGUUCGAUUGCAUAACCAAGGCGUAUUAUCGGGGCGCCCAGGCCUCAGUGCUAGUCUUCUCGACGACAGAUCGCGCCUCCUUCGAUGCCAUCAAGGAGUGGAAGCGCAAAGUGGAGAACGAAUGCAAUGAGAUACCCACGGUGAUAGUGCAGAACAAGAUUGAUCUAAUCGAGCAGGCUGUGGUCAGUGCGGACGAGGUGGAAACGCUGGCCAAGAUGCUCAACUGCCGACUGAUACGCACCUCCGUCAAGGAGGACAUCAAUGUGGCCUCUGUGUUUCGCUAUUUGGCCACCAAGUGCCACCAGCUGAUGACGCAGAGCUACGACCAGGUGGCCGGCGCUGGCGCCAACAAUAGUCAGCAACAGUCAACGCAUCCGCCCUACAGCAGCACACCCACCAUCAGCGCCUUCAGUCCGACCUUCACCAAGUCCAGCAGCGGCACUAUUGUCCUGCGGCCGGCCAAAAAGGGCAGCAGCUCCAGUGCGGCGCGAAAGCGCAAAAUUGUGCUCAAAAAGUGCGGCAUCUUGUGAGGCGGCUAAGGAGCCCCAAAUCAAGUUGUAGGCAUGUGACCAGCCAAGCGUUGGAUGCAGCCACAGCCCCAAGUCAGCAGUCAGAGCCAUUCACUAGUCGUGCACAGACUCCGCAAUGUUGGCAGUCAUUGCAUGAUAUGUGGAGUGGAGCAGGGAAGAAGGGGGAAAGAUGGGAAUCAGGGGGGUGUGAACAGAUAAAAAACAUAAGCACACGAAUAGUUUAUUUAACAAAAACUUUGGCUUAACGAAGUUUAAAUACUCUUGCAGUCAGCAAAAUAAAUAUAUUAAAAUAUUUUAGAUUUUGGUCCACUUUAACUGCCUAAACUCUGGUGUUAAUUGACUAAUAUUUCAGUCAAUCCUUGUACAUGUAAAGUAUCAGCAAAUUUAAUAUAUUAUACAAGCUUAACUUUAAAAAGCUUAAAAAAUGAAAUAGCUAAAAAUUGUAAAGCGAAAACAAUUUUGGUCCACUUUAAUGACUUAAACUGAUUGUAAAUUAAUAAAAAAUCAACUAAUAACAUCAUAAACUAUUUAUAAAUAAAUAAUUUAAGAAUAUUGUCAUGAGUUAAAUAUAUUUUGGUACAGUUUGACAGCUUUAACUGACAUUUACUAAGCAAGAAAGUUAAACAGAAAUCCUUACUAAAAUAAAAACUAAGAAUUUAAGAUUAAAUCUCUGCGUUACGAACAGCUUUUAGAAAUGUAUAAGACCCAACUGCAAGGGUAUUUAAAAUCACAAGCUCAAAAUGCAUGUGCAAUAAUUUAUGCAACUACUCUAAUUUUUAGUCUAGUUAGUAAUAGAUAAGCAUGUAACCGACUUUUCAUUGUAUAAUGCCCACUUUUCUAUAACGGAGACUGAU